CAAAGCCGGAAGGCAAAGCCAAACCAAUCGCGAAGCGAAGCCGCCACGAGAGGAGAGGGAGGAGCCGAGGAGGAUGGGGCGGAAGCGGAAGGAGCUGCUGUCGUCGGCGCCGUGGCGGACGGGGGAGGCCGCGGAGGACGAGGAGGCGGCCAGGCUCAGCCGCGAGGGGAAGGUCAGCGUCACCAACAACCCCGGGGAGACGGCCACCAUGAACGUGCCCCGCAGCAGGCGCCAGGACCUCGACCUCACCGUCGAUGACUUCGACGAGGAGGAGAUCGACCCCGAGCUGCGCUACUCCUUCCAGCGGAACAGCAGGUUUUUGAAGAGAGUUUUUAGUGUGGACACACUUGUCAAGCCUCUUCCUCCUGUAAUGGCAUACAGUGUAUCUCGUAAUGUAAACUUUUUCUUCCGGAUCUUCACGCAGUUCUGGGAUGAAGAAGGAAUUGCCAAUGCACAGAAGUCCCUUGGACUGGGGAGUGAUGAUGGUUCCCGCCGGAUGCGCUGAUUGUAGUCAAACCAUGUUUCUGUUCUGAGCUCAGAACUCGGUUGUCCUAGACACUGGAGAUCUGUUAUAUGUAUGCUUCAAAAGACAGUGUGUGUGUGUGUGUGUGUGGUGUUUCUUAAGUUUGGAUUGUAAUUUUGUUUAUUCUGGUUUUUCUUUCAUGCAUUUUCUGCUAGUAAAACUGGUGGCAUCAUAUAUUCAAGUUCCAGAUCUUGUACUCACAGUCUGCUCCCCUUUCUGCUUGAACUCGAACAAAAUUGAAUGAAAUGUGGCUCAGUUUCAUAUCUUCAA